AUGAUGUUGCUACACAUAAAUGCGGAUUACCACCAUGUUCUUGACAACUGCGAGGAAGCGUACGUUGCGUGGACACGUCUGAAGACGCUGUACGGUGGGUCGCAGAGGGCAGGACGCAUCUUCCUCAAGCGACAACUUUUCAGCAUCAAGAUGGCUGAAGGCGCGAACGUCAUGCAUCACUGCAACGAGGUCCUCAACAUCUCCACCGAGCUUAGCGGCAUCGGUGUGAAGAUAGAAGACGAAGACGUUGCAGUCUGUCUGCUGCUCAGUCUUCCGAAGAGCUACGAAAAUGUGGUGCUCAACAUGGAAAUGAGCAGCACCGAGCUUCGUACCCAGGAUGUGGUGAGAGUGCUGACAAAUUUACAUGACAAGCAUCAAGGAGAAAAAGGGACGGUAACAGCGACUAUGGUGAAGGCUGAAGAUGCAAUCAAGGCAUUCAGCACCGAGCUUGAGCCCUAA